GUUGGUGUAUUGAUAUAGGGCCUUGGUCAGUUGUCAAAGAGGGUGAGGCCAUGUCAGAUCCAUGAGACUGUAGUUUCAGAGUACAUACCUACCUUCCUAGUUCCUACUGCCCAGCUCUCUGACCAACUUAAGUGAUGCCUGAGGCAAGUCGAGAGGACGACUCCCCGCACGUGCAGCAGCUGCGCGCGGCGCUGCACUACGCCAUCGGCCGCAUCUGUGACGAGGUGGCCACCGAGCGGGGCACGCCGUUCCGGCGCACGGUGGUGGCCACGCUGACCGAGGCGGCGCUGUCGCAGGCGGCCGUGAUGGCGCGCGACCUGGAGCUGUUCGCGCAGCACGCGCGCCGCGCCGCCGUCUGCGCCGACGACGUGAAGCUGCUGGUGCGCCGCUCGCCGACGCUGUCGGCCCAGCUGCAGCGCGAGGCGCGCCGGCUCGCCGCGCACGCCAAGGUGGCCAAAGAGCGGCGGCGGGCGCAGCGCGGCAGGCGAGGGGCGCGCGGCGCCGGCCGGGGCGCCUCCGCUGCGGCAGAUCCGAGGACUGCGACUGACGCCGGUGAAGUGAUGGAACUGGAGUGAAAAUAUAAGCCCGAGAUGUGGUUACGCGGAUUCUGCGUGUGCGUAUCUUCGGAUAAAUCAUGGUGUGAUAAGGACUGUCGUGCCCGGGCUGAAGUGCGGACUGCAGGCGAAAUGUACACUGCGUUUGCGCUAUGGCUGAGCACAAUGGCUGUGAAGUGUACCAGUGAUCCGAAGUGCCCUAUGAACACUGUGAGCCGGGUCUAUGAUGUGAUGGCGCCUUCCAACAAACACCGCAUGGUGAU